AUGGCACUCAACUGGACCAUGCUCAACGAGGACGGCACGGCACCCGUUCCGCUGCCGUCCGAGAAGGUCUUCUUCUUUGCGCCCGGCUGUGAGCUCAAUCUAUCGUUCAAGACGCCAGCAGGAGAGAAGAAGUGGAAGGCAAAGGGAACCGCCUACGUCACAAAUCAGCGGGUCAUGUUCCUGCGCCAACCGCUGCUUCCGCCACACGCUGUGACGUCCGAUGUACUGCAAUCGCUCUCUGUCCCGCUGUCCAAUUUCCUCGACACGCGCUACAUGAUUCCAGUGUUCAGCGCACCGUACUAUGAAGCGGCGAUCAUCCCCGUCCCCGGCGGCGGCCUGCCCGAAGUCACCAAUACAGCCUCAGCAUCCUCGCCUGCCUCUGCGAACAGCCCAGCAAAGGGUAUGUGGACGAUGUACUUCAACGAGGGCCGCGGUCUCGAGUUCCGCAGCGCCGUCGAGGAGGUCAAAGUGCGCAUGGAGGAGAUGCAUGGCCGCGCGCAGCACAUGGAGAGCCUCCCGCUGUACGAGCCGCCCGCGCCGCAGCAUGCGCUUGCCGCGCUGUCACUGUCGACAUCUGAUGCGGGCGCGGAAUCGUCGCAGCGCUCGCAGGCGCACGGAGCAGGGCCACCUGCCGAGCCGGCGGGGGCCAGCGCAAACGCAAGCGGCAGCGGGUCUGCGAACACAGCUGCGUCAGGCAUACUGCCCGACGACGACGACUUACAAGCAGCGCAAGUGGUUGUUGAGCUCGAGGAGCGCGAGCGCGAAGCGGCGCAGCGCGGCGCGAUCGUCGGGCAGCACGAGCAAGCGCAAGACGCACAGCUCUCCCCGCGCCGCCAAGCGAGCAUCCUCCAUCCCUGCGACCCUGAGUUGCCGCCUGCGUACGACGAUGUGUAUACUUCGUAGGCAAUAUUCUCUUUCGCACCGACAGGCAGGCAAGGUUCGGGGCUAAUGACGGUAUACAAAUGCGCAGUCAGAGUGAGACUUGCGCCAUGUCAUGGGGCCGGAGCUUGAGGAUACAGACAGGCAAUUCCAUCGAGGUCUGCAACUUGUACAUAUAUUGGGUAGAAUGCAAAGUACCGUCCAUG